CUCCAUCUUUAUCGUGACGUCGACCCUUGCUGGACGUAAACUUCCUUGUUGGGAUUGUCAACAGUGUGGCGGUGGAGUUUAGCUAACGCUACGUGUAUCUGGCAAAUCCCGGCUCUGCUUCCGAACCGGUUCGAAAGUCGUUCAGCUUCCUUUCUUAUUUUUUGUUUUGGGAGUUUUCAAAUAUAAAAUGACUUUUUAUCGAAGUCUCUCAGCGGUUCUCGUAUCGGUAUGCUGGGUUCUCUUGUCCGUGGCGGAGGAUGUGAAGAACAGCACCGAAACUCGUAGAACCGCCGCGACGAACUCCAGCAGGGUUACCGCCAUAAACGGCACCAGCAAGGGUCCGUUUAAUCCCUUCAACGUGGACAGCUCGAUGAUCCAGAGGGCCCUCUACGUCCUCGUUGGCAUCACUAUCAUCGGCGUCCUCUACUUCCUCAUCCGAGCCGUGCGGCUGAAGAAGCCCACCCACAGAAAGAAGUAUGGCCUACUGUCCAACGAGGACGAUGCUGUGGAGAUGGAUGCGGUGGACAGCGAGGAGGACGACACGCUGUACGAAUCUCGCAGCCUCCGCAGAUGAGUCCUGGUCUUUGUCCUCUGACGGAUCAGCCUGUAUCGAUUACAGAUUGAGAGAGGGUGGGAGAAGUGACCAACGACUGCUGAGAGACGUGGAAAUAACAAACAAACUGACCAAAUAGUCACUGAAGAAAAAUGCCAAAUGUCAGCUGCUCGAGGAAGAUGAGCAGGAUAAUCAAAUUUUUUGUUAUUUUAAAUGUGGUGUCGGAUGAAAUGCAGACAUGACGGAUCAGUGGAUCCUCAUGAGGCCAAAUGUUCCUUUUCUGUUCGUUACUCCUAUUAAUAUUAUUUCAGAGUGUUUUUCUAAGAGUUUAUUUGGUGUAUUUUUCCACUCUGAGCUUUUCUGCUCUGACUACAUGCUUUAUACUACUGCAGACUGAUGGCAGGCAGCAGCGAUGCUGGUGUGAAAUGCUGCAAUUGAUCAGGAUUUGUUGUCCUGACAGACGGUCGGCCUGCCCUGAAACAAAGUGAAACUCACGAUGUUUCACUUCGGCUGUGUUGAGACUAAAAGGGUGAAUGUGAAGCUUUUGUAUAACUCUUUGAUUCCUGAUGACAUUUUUUCUCUGUGGACAAGAUUCACACUUCUUAACAAAACAUUAAAAUCUGAUUUUUGAAUAUAAAAAAA